CGACAGUUACAAAGCUGCUGGCUCCUUUGUUUCCGUUUUUGUCGCUCAGUUGUUGCUGUGCGCGCUCCCACGUUCGAGGCUAACGCAGCAGCAGCAACAACAACAGCAGCAACAGCAACAAUCGCAACGCAACGCACAAAAGCAUGCUACGGUAAAUUGCAUUUGGCGUCUGUCAAGGACAAAACAAAACGCUGUUUGUGUGAGUGCGACCACAACAACAAUAGCAAAAACAGCAUGUGGCACAAAUAACGGAACUGCAAAGUAUCAACAGCAAAAGAAACAAGAAGAAAGCCAGAUAGGAAAGCAAAACAAAAGGCAGGAACAAAUCACACACGAGGGCCAAAACGGACACAAAACGGAGGCUGCGACAAAAAGAAAGCGAAGAAUCGGAGAAAAUAAGGGAGAGGCACACACUCCCCGCACCUCCACCCCUCACCAGCCCCAUAGGACAUUUGGCGCCAGCCCGAGCAGCAACUGCGACAGCGGCGUCGACUGAGGCAGCGUCAGCGGCUGAGAAAGAUGUGGCUCCGUCCCUCUCCCUCGCACACAAACGCGCUGCAGUGUCUCCUGCUCUCCUUGUUCCUCCUUUUGGCGCUGCUGCCAGCGAACGUGUCUGCCAGAUUUUGCGAGGGCUGCACUCAGGGCUGUUGCACCCAGGGCUGCUGUCCGCCGUACCAGGGCGGGCCACGCCCCCUUCCGCCCUCCUCGGACUCGCAUGUUCUCAAUCUGUUCUUCGCCACCCACUGGUUUUUCUGGUGCGUGGUUGUGGCCAUCAUCUUGGCCAUCCUGUGUGCCUACUCACUAUGGAAGAAGCGACGGACACUUUGCGGCUGGGGAUUCAACGAGCACCACACCCAAUCCGAGGGCGAUUCCGCCGGUUCCUGCUAUGCACCUCCACAAUACAGUCGCUGCAACUCGUUUCACCAUCCGCCGCCGCCAUAUACGGAGGUGACCUCCAAGCCGGAUCUGUAUCCACUUGUCUUCACCUGCAACAGCGAUUCGGGCAAUGGCAAGGGCAACGGCAGCUCCAGCUACCUGAUGGUGCAGUACUUCCGGAACUACAUCGUCCGUCCGGCUGCUGGGGGAUCCCUGAGUGCGGCCAGCACCGUCGACUCCCUAAGCUCCAGCUUCAUUUGCAAUGCCAAUGAGGCGAAUACCCUGGUGCCACCACCAUACUCCAGGGCAGCCAGUCCGGAGUUGGGACUGCAUCAUUAUGUGGCCCAUGCCCAUGCGCAUGCCAAUGCUAAUGUCAAUGCCAAUGCCCAUGGACACGGGAAUGGCCAUCUGAGAUCCGUGGAACAGGCGCCACCGCAUCAGGUGUCAAAUGUUCCGCUGGCAUCUGUGCACUACGCCAUGCCGAGAUCGGCUUCCCAGCUGGUGGAAACGGAUGCCUAUCAGCCGAGACUGAUGCCCGCCCAGACUCAGGCCCAGCACUAUGCCACCGUGGCACUGGGCAGUGCACCAGGCGGAGCAGCGCUCUACAGCACGCGGCUGCAUGCCUCCCACGAGGAGGGAGUGGGCGUGGGCGUGGGCGUUGGUGUGGGCUACCUUCAGUCCCAGAGUGAUCAGCACUUCCGGUACAUGGCGAAUAGCAGCAGCAGUCUCAGCGACAUCUUUGUGAACAACAGCUGUGUGGCAGGAAUGCUACCCGAUAGCGGAGGAGCUGGUAGUGCCUUCCAUGGCGCGGAAAGUGGAUCGGCCACACAGGCUGCCUCCCUGAAUAGCCUGGCAAUGGGCGGCUUGGGUGGAUCGGUAACGAAUGCCGCAGGCGCAUCGGGAGGAUCUGGCACACCGGUGAUAUACAGCAAUGGCUGCAUCCAACCCAACCCGCUGCAUAGUCUGGAGAACUGCUGUCAGCCAUCGGCUCAGGUGUCCGGCGUGAGUAGUCUGGCCAACAUUGGAACACCGGGCUCGCCGCCCCAGGCCACCAGUCCGACGGGCGAGGUGCGUGAGAUUCUCGACCAGAUCCGCCAGCUGCAGGCGGGCGUUAGCUACGAGCAGCUACUGUUGAACGGAACUGGCGCCAAGCCCCGACUGCAGCACACGCUAUCGACGCCCUCGAACUCCCAGCAGGUGUUGCAGCCCAUCCUAACCACAUCCGCAUCCAUUUCCGGCGGCACCAGUGGGCGGAGUAAAAAGUUCUUCACCUCCGGCAGCAAAACGCAACCCAAUAAGGCUCUGUACAUACCCAUGGCCGCCAUCGGGGGUUCCGGAUCGGGCGCACAGCGCUGUGUGCUCAAGAGUCCGGUGAGCAGUGUCGUCAGCGGUGCCAGCUUCUUUGUGAACCGUGGACGAGUUGCCCGCAAGGGUUGGAUCACCCGAUCGGCACCCACAACGCCGGGCAGUGCCCUGCCCCCCAAUCGCCUCGGGGACGAUAGUCCGCUGCUGCUCAACGAGCACGAUGAGGAUGCGAUUGACGAUGAUGAAGACGAGGAGCAGGAGGUGGACGAGCGGCAGCGGCAUCACCAGGAGACCCAGCGGGUUCACGAGGAUACCGACAGCGAAACGGAGGCGGAGGCGAGGAAUCAUCGUCGCCAGCAUCGCCAUCAUCGUGGCCAUCGGCGCGGACAACUUGAAUAAUAGUGGGCGUGGUCGUUGGAAUCGCCAGUGUCAUUUAGUAGUUGUUGUUGUAGCUCAAGGUUCUCCUUUAGAAAUAAGCUUUUAAACGAAAGUGGAGAAAUGUUUGGGAGCCGGCGGCACGCUUCUUAGUCUGAAGAAUCCUGAAGAAGAGAAACGGUAGCAGAUCGGAUGGUUAAAUCUAAGUUCCGUUUGUAGUAUUAACAAGUUCUGUAAGAUUUCUAUAGUGCGAAACACUUAAUAACUGUGGAUGAAAUUUAUCCUUUCUGGUCAUUUGAAUAAUACGAUAUGCAUCAUUAUUGCGAACAUAGAACGACAAUUUAUUUAAUUUUUAAGUCAGCUUACAUAAAAACGCAGGUCCUUGAAGAAAUAAUCUUAGUUAAAGGUUAGAAUAUAAUUUUCUAUGAUUUUAAUAGAGUGUAUUGUUUGAGGUAAUCUAUUAGUUUCGUGAUAAUAUUUGAAAAGUGAAAUCUUAGGCAGUCGAGUAUAGUAAUUGUAAGAAUUUAAAACUAAGGCUAAAAAUGUCUUGGGAAAUUUUAAACUGAAAGAACGGCAUAGAAGACAGAUCAAUUUGCAUUAUCCACGAGUUUUGACAAUAGUUCAAUAAAACUAACCACGAUAUGUUCUUCAAACAGUAUUAUUAACAAACCCUAGCAGAAGUUUAUAAUUGUUUAUGCCCACAAGAUAUCUAAUUUCGAUUGAGGAUUUGAAAUGUCGGUUCGUUGAGCUUCCGUGAAUAGAUAAACAAUUUAAAUAUACAUAUAGCUGUCCUUAGGUUCAAAUAGUCUAGCAAUUGCGAGAUUUAACAUUUAAGUUUUGUAAACGUUGGGAAGGUUUCAUGACAUUUAAAUUACACACCUACACACUCCACAAUUCAAUUGUUUGCCGAAUUUUAUAUAAUUUUCAUUUAAGGUUUGCCUAGGAACUUUAAAAAGACGAAGAACAAUUGCACAAAAGAUUUAAAUCAAUUUAGGCUAAUGUGGUAAAAAAUUGAAACAAAAAACGCAUAAAAACCAAAAAGAGCAAAAUUAAAAAGAUUGAAGAUUGUCGCCCAGAUGGAGAGUUUUUGUAAGUAAAGUAGCGAAUAAGGAAUACGUUCACACACAAACAAUGCAAACAGAUCACGUACAGAUAUAUAGGAUACUUCAGUUCGAGGAGACACUUUUAAAAAAAUGAAAUAUGCAAAAUGCGCGGGCAUUCGGUUUGGAAAUUAGGGCAGGUGCACUAGAACGAAAUCUAAAAUUAAUUGUGUAUUCUAAACUAAAAACAAAUUACCAAAUGAGACUAAGGGGUCAAGAUCCGGGGGCUAAACAAAAAACAAUGGAAUAGUUUGAAUGCAGCAGUGCCUUUUCAACUAAUUAAACCACAACCAAAAACAAGCAAAUCUAAAAAACCGAUAAAAUGGAACCAGAAGCUAAAUAGCUAAUGCUAAUGUGCAUCCCCAGGCAAACAGACAGAAACAGAUUAAACCGAUUAAUUAAAACAAUCCAAUGAACACGGCAAUAUUUAUAAAUCUGCUUAAGCGUUAGAUAUAUGAUGAUACUAUAUGCGAGUAUAUAUAAAUGUGUACGUGACAAUUACUUUAUGUGAAUGAUAUGAAUUUUACAAUUCAUUGAGAUUUAUCCUAGAUGGUUUCGUUGGGUCCCUUAUCGAUCGGUUAUUUUGGCUUAUUUCGACACGAUCCAGUUCGAGUAUCUGUGCUUCAUUACACAUAACUAUAUAAUUAAACAAUUAAUUAAUAAACUAGCAUAGCAAAAAACUGAUGGCGUUCAAUCUCGAAUAAGUCUCCGAAAGCAAGUGAAUUGUUUUAAAAGUCGGUUAACGAAAACCAAACAAAUGAAACGAAAACCGAAAGAGAACUAAGAAAUCAAUUUAAGUCAAAUAUACAAAGAUGAGAAAUAAAAACAAUAAAUGAACAAAA